CUCACUUUGCCCAGCAGAUUCCGAAAUGCCCACCGAAGCAGCAAGCAGCACGACCAGCUCCGACGCACCGGCCGCCUUCCCACCGGACGAGCGCUGCAAGUACGCCUACAAGGAGUGCAAGGAGCGCCGGUCCCGCCGGAAGAACGGCAAGCUCCACUCGCUCUGCGACUACCACCGCAAGAAGGCCAACUCGGUGCAGAAGAGCUAUGCGACCAAGCGCCGCAACAUGCAGUCGCAGCAGCAAGCACGCGCCAAGGCCGAGCCGGCCUUUGCCACGCCGCCGCCCGCACCACUGACCGCGUACGCGUUGCCGGCGCCGCUCCUGCCACGCGGCUACGGCGUCUACCACGAGCCCGCCAACGACCACGCGCUCCGGCUCGACGAGAUCAAGCGCCGCAUCCAAAGUGCUUGGGAGCGCCGCCACGCACCGCCGGGCGAGCCGUCGUCUAUUUAUUACAACUACCCGUCGUUGUCGGCGUCGUCGCCGCCGCACUACCCGCAGGUGCACCACCACUACGAACCCGUGCUGCACUCGUACAUGAAGCCGAUCGCGCCGCUCAACCAUUAAGUGCGCCAACGACGUCAUAUUUGGCCGCGUGUCCCGUGGCUGCCCCGCGUGUAAUGCGCAUACCCCACGCCGCAUCCGACGGUGUAUCCUUCCCACACACACAACCCGGUUCUCGCCAUACCAGCUCGUAGACCUUUUACUACAGUACGACGAGUGCAUCGUUCCCUUUUUUCUUCUUUUCAAGUUUCUGAAAUACAAUGUAAGCCGCGACGCAGUCGGUCGUUGGACCAAAUUUUGAGAUAUUUUGAGCCUCAAAAAUCGAGAGAUUUAAAUAUUGG